AUGGAUGCAACUACAAAGUUUUCUAGUAAUGUGACAUUGAUAAACGUUACAGAACAGGAGACGUUCAACGCAACGUCAUCAAACGUUUCCGGAUGGGAGCCUUACUCUAUAGGCAGUUACUAUAGAGACACGAAAGUGCUGCUCUGGAGGCCGUGUUCCGAAAUUAAUAUAACAGUACUCGUGAUAUUUGAUGUGAAUGAAUACACGGGCUGGAUGUGCGAUACGUCCACGAAGGAGUAUCUAGACCUAUAUAGCUACGUUUAUGUAUGGAUCGACUUCACGUUAACUUUCGGCGCGCCGUUCCCGCUGCUACUCAUUGGCAACGUCAUCAUCGUAGUGCAGCUCGCGCGCUCUCGCUCAAGACGACAGCGGAUGAACAUUUCCGGUCAGGCACGCGACACGCGUCCAUUGUCCGUAUUGAUGAUUGCCCUGUGCGUGCUAUUCCUCCUCACGAUUACACCGGUGUCAGUCUUUGCUUUGUACGGCCCCUACCAGGAGGAGAAGCUCCAGGCGCUCAUGUCAAAAGAUCCUUACACGGCCUAUUACGAGAUCCAGUACUAUGUGUUCCUUAACGAAAUUGCCAUUCUGGUCAGCUACUUCAACGCCUGCUACACGUUUGCCAUCUACGUGUUCAGCGGCUCGAUGUUCCGCGCAGAGCUGAGGAGCCUGCUUUGCUGUAAGGCAACACAAUGCACCAGAUUGUUUGGAAGCUAG